AUGUCAAAGGUUAUACUGGUAACCGGGAGUAACUCGAGCAUAGGGUUUGAGUUGGUUCGCAUUCUUGCCGAAAAGGGCCAUACCGUAUACUUGAGUGCCAGGAAUGAAGAGGCUGGCUUGGAGGCUCAAAAGAUACUUCAUGCAAAGGGACUAACCAAUGUCAAGUUUGUAUUGUUGGAUAUUCGAGACACCGCGUCGAUCGAGCGUGCAAAAAAUACGAUCGAAGAGGCCGAAGGCAGGCUGGACGCACUUGUAAACAACGCUGCAAUAUCCAGAAACGACACACUUCGGCGCGCAUCCGAGCUCGACAUUGCCGUCUUUAAAGACAUAAUGGAGACAAAUUUUGUAGGUCUGGUCCAAACAACAACGGCAUUUGUCCCUCUCUUGCGCAAAUCGUCGGAUCCCAGCAUCGUGAACGUGUCUAGUGGGCUGGGGUCUUCAACGUACCAAACCCGCAGGGGACAACCGACACUGUUCACUGCUUAUGCGGUCAGCAAGGCAGCUGUCAACUCGUACACGGUCAAUCUAUCUCAAGAUUUAGAGAAGGAAGGCUUCAAGGUCAACGCCGUCUGCCCCGGCCUUGUAUCUUCAAGAUUGAAUAAUUUCAUCGAGGGUGGCAAGUCAUUGGAAGCGGGAGCGCAGGCAAUAGAGCCAUUUGUUCUCUUGGACAAAGACGGGCCAACCGGCAAGUUCUACAGUCAAGGAGUAGAGAUGGAAUGGUAG